GAGAGAGAGAGAGAGAGAGAGAGAUCACAUCACAUAUACGGUUCUUCCACUCAACAGUUUGGGUGGAUUUUUCCCUGGUUUUUGUUCUCCUCUUCGAGUCAAAUAUGGUUUUCCAGCAUCCCUCAAAGCCUUCCUUACUCUGUCCUUCCAUUUGGUCAUGUCGGCUCUCCUUUUUUUGCCGAGGUUUUGCCUUUUAAUGUCGGAAGCGGACAUGACAGCAAGCGGCAUCUCCAUUCUUCUUUGUGGACAUAAACGGUUUUUCCGCGUGACGCUAUUUUAACGUUUAAAAUGCGGACUCUUGGUCGCGCGAAAACAUCCCCAAACUGUUUCUGUAUACAAAGUUCACACAUACAAUUAAUGUCACAUGGUUAUCUCAUUUUUUGUUUUUUUUGGACUUAUACGGUUGUUCGUCGCACACACUCAAUUGUCAACCUCAAAAAUAGGAAAUACUUUUUAAGCCAUAACAAUGCAGUGCAUUCUGGGUAGUGCGGUCCGCGGUGCUCACUCGCACGUUGUCAUUCAACACUGAGCAUUCCUGCACUGAUGUCUGCAGCGGUAAUUUUAGCCGCUGUCCUCGGCGGAGGGGUUCUCUUCAUUGCUCGAAGAGUUUUCUUCAGGCGGAAAGCGCUGAAAUUAAUGAGCUACCCAGCGGGUCUGAUGCGCGGAAAGACUGUGAUAGUGACCGGGGCGAACAGCGGCAUCGGGAGGGCGACGGCAGCGGAGCUGCUGAAGCUGCAGGCCCGUGUGAUCAUGGCCUGUCGGGACAGGCAGAGGGCUGAGGAGGCGGCCCAGGACAUCAAAAAUCAAGCCGGUCCGAGUCAAGGAGAGGUUGUGAUCAAAAACUUGGACCUCGCUUCGCUCCAGUCUGUGCGCAGCUUCUGCGAGGAAGUUAUCAGGGAGGAGCCCAGGAUUGAUGUUCUCAUCAACAACGCUGGUCUCUACCAGUGUCCCUACAGUAAGACCGAAGAGGGCUACGAAAUGCAGUUGGGAGUGAACCACCUGGGUCACUUUCUUAUGACCAAUCUCCUGCUGGACCUUCUGAAGCAGUCGGCUCCCAGCCGUAUCGUCGUGGUCUCCUCCAAACUCUAUAAGUACGGCAGCAUCAACUUCGAGGACUUGAACAGCGAACAGAAUUACAACAAAGCUUUUUGCUACAGCCAAAGCAAGCUUGCCAAUCUGCUAUUCACUCGCGAGCUGGCCCGCAGGCUGGAUGGUACUGGGGUAACCGUAAAUGCCCUCACCCCGGGUAUCGUAAGGACCAGAUUGGGCCGGCACGUCAACAUCCCCCUGCUGAUUAAGCCUCUAUUCUUGCUGGUCUCUUGGUUGUUCUUCAAAAGCCCACUGGAGGGUGCUCAGACCCCACUGUACCUGGCAUGCUCAUCUGAAGUUGAGGGUGUGUCUGGAAAAUGCUUUGCUAAUUGUGAGGAAGAACAAUUGCUUUCUAAAGCCACCGAUGACCAUACUGCCAAACGGCUCUGGGACCUGAGUGAAAGCAUGGUGGGGCUUAGGAGGUGAGGGGGAAGAAGCAGAACCACCCUUCACAAAUGUGGCAAUUGCAAACCUCGAAACAUCAAUGCAAUGGAUUUUUGGGGGAGCGUUUUUGGCCAAGUACCUGAGGGACUUACUGGAUAAGAGACAGGAAAUUAAAAUGUCCAUCUGUUCCCUGUAUCUUUGCUGCAGUGUUUUCAGAAAUGGCCUCGGGCUUGUGACUCACUCUUCUCUGUGAAUGAGAGCCUGAAAGUAUCGAGUCCGACAUAUCCCUUGAAUACAAAUGACAGGAGCAACGUGCCCAAGAAACAUAUGGCUCAGAGCUAACGUGAAUACAGAAUAACACGAACACCGUUAUGUAGAUUAACUGGAGCUUUGUGACCGAGUUAUUACAAUGCAUCAAGAUAAUUUGAGAGACCUAUUCAUCUUUGGGGUGAACUAGUCACACUUUAGCCUCCCAGAAUAUCAUCUUCUCAUAAUGCUGUAAAGUGAACCUGGCAACUCCCACCCUGUGACUCAUCUCAAGAUAUAUUUGAAAAUGUUUGUGACAUCCCAGCGUCCAAACGAAAUUAAAAAGGAAAAACGUAGGUUGUGGCUCUGCAGAUAGUGUGGUGUCACUACUCAAAUAAAAAAGUGAAUCAGAGUAAUGGCUGUAUAAAUUUCAUUGCCUCCGCUAUAUACUGCUGUAUGUUAGCCAUUAUUAGAUACAUUUCAUUCGCGGUGGAGCUGUAGGGGGUUUGCUGGUUACUGUCCUUAAUCACAUGCACUAACAUGAAAUGUUUUGAGUGUAAAUGCUGUGCUUCUGUAUUCCGUAAAGGCUGAAUAAAUUGAAUGCUGGAAAGAAACUCUGUCGUUUGUGGAGG